AUAAAAGCAAAUAACCAAGUUAACCCAGGCUUUCCUUUCAGCAAUCUUAAUGGAAGACCAAGUAAUGCAGUUUAGGGGCAGAUAACCAUAGGUGCUUUGUGACCUCUUUGGUGGCUUCUUUCCUGGCACAGACCCACGGCUGGGGCCAUUCUGGUCUCUGAAGAGUAGGCAGGGUUUUCCUGAGUAGGGAGUGGUUGCUAGAAGCCUUGGAAAUAGGGAUAUUUAUAGGCAUUGGGAGAGGGCAUUGGGGCCAGGGUCAACUCAUUUGGAGUAUGUGUUCUCCUUGUCCCUUGGGAACCUGCUUUUGCUGCUGCGGCAGAAUUAAUCAGGGGUAUAAAUGUGUCAGAAGGGAGCUGGAGCUCAGUUAGUGAUUGCAGUGAACGUGUGAAACUUGAUUCAAAGCCGAGACUGAAGCACUGAUCAUUGAGUGCAACACUGAUGGUGGUGGCAAUGAGGAUGACCGAGCGGCCGCCCAGCGAGGCGGCACCCAGUGAUACUCCGAUCGAGGGACCGGACGCGGCCGAGACCCGCAUGGCCCCCCCGCACCUGGUCCUGCUGAACGGCGUCGCCAAGGAGACGGGCCGCGCAGCCCCCGCCGAGCCCCCGGUCAUCGAGCUGGGCGCGCGCGGCGGCCCGGGGGGCGGCCCCGCCGGCGGGGGCGGCGCCACCAGGGACUUAAAGGGCCGCGACGCGGCGCCCACGGCGGCCAGCGAAGCGCGCCACCGGGUGCCCACCACCGAGCUGUGCCGACCUCCCGGACCCGCCCCGGCCCCCGCGCCAGCCUCGGUCCCCGCGGAGCUGCCUGGGGACGGCCGAAUGGUGCAGCUGAGCCCGCCGGCGCUGGCGGCCCCCGCCGGCCCGGGCCGCGCGCUGCUCUACAGCCUGGGCCAGCCGCUGGCUUCGCUAGGCAGUGGGUUUUUUGGGGAGCCUGAUGCCUUCCCUAUGUUUACUACAAACAACCGAGUGAAGAGGAGACCCUCCCCCUACGAGAUGGAGAUUACCGAUGGUCCUCACACCAAAGUCACCCGUCGGAUCUUCACCAACAGCCGGGAGCGAUGGCGGCAGCAGAACGUGAACGGCGCGUUUGCAGAGCUCCGAAAACUGAUUCCUACACACCCCCCAGACAAGAAGCUCAGCAAGAAUGAGAUCCUCCGCCUGGCCAUGAAGUACAUCAACUUCCUGGCCAAGCUGCUCAAUGACCAGGAGGAGGAGGGCAUCCAGCGGGCCAAGCCUGGCAAGGACCCUGUGGUGGGGGCUGCUGGUGGAGGGGCUGGGGGUGGCGCACCUACAGAUGACCUUCUGCAGGACGUGCUUUCCCCCAACUCCAGCUGUGGCAGUUCCCUGGAUGGGGCAGCUAGUCCGGACAGCUACACAGAGGAGCCAGCUCCCAAACACACCGCCCGCAGCCUCCACCCCUCGCUGCUGCCUGCCGCUGAUGGGGCCGGCCCACGGUGAUGGGACUGGGACUGCUCAGGACCAGCCAACAGGGGCCUUUAGGCCGUAGGGAUGGUGGACCAUUGGGCACCAUGGGCUAAGAAGCAGGGCAGUGGACUUGACGAACUUCCCUCCAGUCUGAACUUGAGCAAGCCCUAACUGACCCUAGGCUGGCUUUUUUCUAUUUCCUGCCUCAGAGGGAGAACAGGAAAAUGGAGUGGAGUGGUAGGUACUUUUUCUGAAGAUGGCACGGUCUUCUCCCUUCCCCAAAGUCCCUAAGACUUCCCAAAUAAGGGGCCUAAGUGUCACUGCUUUUGGCCUGGAGUUUUGGAGCCCUGUCUUUGCUGAAAGCUGGAGUUGUCAGCUGUCACCUAAGGUGUCCAGAAACUUCUGCCUUGCCUUUCAUCCCUCCUGAGCUGACUGGAGUGGCUUCUGUGGCUACUUCUGUCCCAAUGUAUAGGUACCCAAGAGCUGUCCAUUUUUUUGAGCCCGGUCUUUCCCCAGUCUCGUGUUGAUCUAUCCAGCUUGCCAGCGGCUGCAGAUUCACAAGCCUCGAGGUGCCUUCUUCAGGGCCUGGCUGACAGCCUACUCUGGACUAGCUGGACCAGAGAGUCAGGAAAUUCAGAAGCUCUGACUUCUUAUCCUGGGGGAUCAGAAACCUGCUUUCUUCCCACUGACACUUGCCUUCCUAUCCUGUGGCUAUGGAGAUGAAUAUGCCCUAUUGGGCUUUGUGCCAAGGCAAGGGAAGGGAAAGGGAAAUGGAACAAGUUCAGCUCUUGCACAUCACUGUUGAUGUUGGUGAGCAGAUGGCAGUGUGCUGAUGGCACAGGUUCGUGCUGGGAGACUUGCAGCCCAUAUGUGUUCUCGAGGCCCAGAGGGAGGUUCCUCCUGCAAGAUGUCUAUUGGUUGCUGGUCUGUUCUUCCUUCUGAAUUGAGCACUAACUCUGUCCAAUUCUUUGUAUUUGGAAGUUUUGCUUGACUUUAGUUAGGCCUUGAUGUGACCCAGGAUAUGCAGCCCUACUGUAUGUCCUGAAGAAUCCAGUGAGAGACCAGGCCCUGACUAAGACCCAGACAUAUACAUAUUCAUUAGCAGGACCUUAAAGAUCCCUUAAUUGUGCAGUUUUCACUCAUUGAAGGUGCAGCUGGGAAGUUGAUUUAAUGCAAUAGGAAUGCCCUUGCCAAAAGUUGUAUAGAAAGUUGUUUUUUUUUAAUCAUUCAUUUAAAAAAGAAGUAACUACUAUAAGCCCUUUUGUAAAGUGGAGCAUCCUUUUGUAGUAUGGACCACUGCCCCCUUGUUUAUCUCCUGUGUUGAUCGAGAUGCUGGGUCAUGGUUUUCUGAAGUCUAGGCCUACUCUAUUCCAAGCCCAUGGAAUAAACCACACUAAAGUCACGUGGAUCUUUCAUUGUACUCUGCAGUCACCUAACCCUUCCACUAAACUCUUCCUAGUGAAAAUAUCCAAUGGCCAAUUCCUGUCAUGCAAGGACCAUCACUGAGGCUGUGGGAAACCUUUCCUCUUCUGAGCCUUAACCCAGUAGCUUGCUUCUACCAUGUUGGGGCCUUGAAAACAACCCUAAGCAAGCAAGGAAUGAUCCCUGCCCCCUCCCCUUUUUAGGUUGUGAGGUCCAGUUCUUGGGCCUGGGGACAAUAUGGCUGACUAAUUGAAGCAUUCUGAUUCUGCAUCUCAAUUCAGAAUCGCUAAACUAUUGUAAUGAACAUGAAGGUGAGUUUUUCCCCCCCCAGUGCUUGGGAGAUGCUUGGCAGUAUCUCACCUUGAUGAAGAUGGAACCACUGUUCUAGGCUUUAAGGCUGUGCUUACUUCUAGUGGAUUAUCUUGGCUUGGGAAUGAAUGAACUCCAGUUUAAUGUGAUAGGAUGGGUAGUUGGGUUUUAUGAGAUGGACUAUACAUUCUAUUAAGUCAAGCUUUUUAGUUACCUCUGCAGACUAACAAUGUGACUAGGAUAAGGCAUCUGUCAGUUUUCUCAUAAGUACCUGGCUUGGUCCUCUCUUGAAUAAAUAUGGUAAUGAAAGUGGAAGUGUUUUGAGACCAUAAAGAACUUUGUUGUGGGCUGGGGUAUAUAUAGCUCAGUGGUAGAGCACUUGACUAGCAUGCAUGGUAUUCUACGUUCAUGAGAUUCUAGAUUCUUUUUGAUGUAGCAUCAGAAAAAAAGGCUCUGUUGCCCUCUCCAUACCAAACCUGCUGGGAGGUUAAGUCCAAACCGUGGACAGUUGGCAUUGGGUAGUUGAGAUGACAAAUUGCUUUUGCCUGAGUUUUCUAGAUCCUCCAGGCUGAGUUUUUGGUUUUUUUUGGUUUUGUUUGUUUGUUUUUGCCAGUCCUGGGGCUUGAACUCAGGACCUGAGCACUGUCCCUGGCUUCUUUUUGCUCAAGGCUAACACUCUACCACUUG